AUGCGCGGCGGCGGCGGGCACCAGCACCAGCUCUCCUCGCCCACGGCGGUGCUGGGCCACCACACGCCGCCCCUCCGCGACCUCUACGCCCUCGGCCGGAAGCUCGGCCAGGGCCAGUUCGGCACCACGUACCUGGCAACCGACCUCGCCACGGGCACGCCCUACGCGUGCAAGUCCAUCGCCAAGCGCAAGCUGCUCACCCCCGAGGACGUGGACGACGUGCGGCGCGAGAUCCAGAUCAUGCACCACCUGGCCGGCCACGCCAGCGUCGUGACCAUCAAGGGCGCGUACGAGGACGCGCAGUACGUGCACAUCGUCAUGGAGCUCUGCGAGGGCGGCGAGCUCUUCGACCGCAUCGUCCACCGGGGCUACUUCUCCGAGCGCCGCGCCGCCGAGAUCGCGCGCGUCAUCGUCGGCGUCGUCGAGGCCUGCCAUUCCCUGGGCGUCAUGCACCGGGACCUCAAGCCCGAGAACUUCCUGUUGAAGGACAAGGACGACGACAAUGGCAAUGGCAAUGGCGGCGGGGAUGGCAGCAUCAACCUCAAGGCGAUCGACUUCGGGCUGUCGGUCUUCUUCAAGCCGGGUCAGAUCUUCAGCGACGUGGUGGGCAGCCCCUACUACGUGGCGCCCGAGGUCCUCUGCAAGCACUACGGGCCGGAGGCCGACGUGUGGACCGCGGGGGUCAUCGUGUACAUCCUGCUCUCCGGCGUGCCGCCGUUCUGGGCGGAGACGCAGCAGGGCAUCUUCGACGCCGUCCUGAAAGGCUCCAUCGACUUCGAGACCGACCCGUGGCCGACCAUCUCCGACUCCGCCAAGGACCUGAUCCGCAAGAUGCUGCGGUCGCCGCCGGUGGACCGCCUCACUGCGCACCAGGUGCUGUGCCACCCGUGGAUCAUCGAGAACGGGGUGGCCCCCGACGCUCCGCUCGACCCGGCCGUGCUGUCCCGGCUCAAGCAGUUCUCCGCCAUGAACCGGCUCAAGAAGAUGGCGCUGCGGGUGAUCGCGCGCAGCCUGUCGGAGGAGGAGCUGGCGGGGCUCAAGGAGAUGUUCAAGGCCAUGGACGCCGACGGAAGCGGCGCCAUCACCUUCGACGAGCUCAAGGAGGGGCUGAAGCGGCUCGGGUCCAACCUCAACGAGUCGGAGAUCAGGGACCUCAUGGAGGCGGCGGACGUGGACAACUCCGGCACCAUCGACUACGACGAGUUCAUCGCCGCCACCGUGCACAUGAACAAGCUGGAGCGGGAGGAGCACCUGCUAGCGGCCUUCGCCUACUUCGACAAGGACGGCAGCGGGUACAUCACCGUGGACGAGCUGGAGGAGGCCUGCCGCGAGCACAACAUGGCCGACGUCGGCAUCGAAGACAUCAUCAGCGAGGUCGACCAAGACAACGAUGGUCGGAUCGACUACGGGGAGUUUGUGGCGAUGAUGAAGAAGGGGAUCAUCGGGAAUGGGAAGCUUACCAUGAGGCACACCUCCGACGGCAGCAUCCUCCACGGCGCAGGCGGCGACGUCAGCUAG